AUGGCGUCGUCAACGAUCAACGCCAUAAAGGUCGAAAAAACACCGAUCCAGCGAAGACGUCUGUCCGAAGCGCGGCAAGCUCCGCCCUCUGCGGGCAUUUCGCUAGUCCAGUACCACGCCGACUUUGGCAGCGUAGUGGGUAACGAUCCGGACUACGCGCUUCUUCUCUCGUCGGCCGAGUCAUCGCACAACCCCUUUUUCCACGGAGGAUGCGCACACGUUUUCGAGGCGGCCACAGCGGCACUAACGGCGCCAUCGGUGGCAGCAUCGCCGGACGAGGUGCUGUACGUCACGUCCAACAUGCUGCAGACCACGAGCAGCUCGCAGCUGCCGGUCAUCCUGAUAUCCCGCGUGGCCAUCCGGCGCAGCGACGAUGGUGACAUCACGGCUGUCGAGUGGACCAAGCUCCGACCGCCAUCGACGAUGCCGAUGCCGGCAGGCGCCAUUCCAUACUCGGCGAGCCAGGCGGACGGCAUCCUCUACUGCGCUCAGGGCAGUCCCAAUCCCGGCACAAGUGGGCUCUUCUUCAUGCCGCGAGGCCGGCCGCCUCAGGCGCUGGUCACGAGCUACUACGGUCACGACUUCAACUCGGUGCACGAUGUGGCCUGCGCGCCCGACGGCUCCCUCUGGUUCACGGACCCGUGCCACGGCUUCGAGAGGGAGUUCCGUAAGACGCCACAGCUGCCGUGCCACGUGUAUCGGUUCGACCCGGCGUCAGGCGAGCUGCGCGUCGUUGCCGACAGCCUGCAGCGGCCGACGGGCAUCUGCAUCAGUCCUGACGCUAGUACGGUCUACGUCACGGACACGGACUCCCUGCACGCCGACGGCAAGCAGAACCCAACUCGUGCUGCGACAAUCUAUGCCUUUGACGUGAUACGCCGGGGGUCGUCGGACUUUCUGGCCAAUAGACGUGUCUUUGCGUAUGCUCUGCAUGGGGUGCCGAUUGGCGUCAGAUGCGACCCGGCUGGCAACGUGUAUGCCGGAUGUGCAGACGGGGUGGAGGUGUGGAAUGCCGGCGGGUCGCUUCUGGGCGUGAUCGAGGUUCCAGGCGGUGUCAGCAGCUUCUGCAUUUCCACGGAAGGCGAGAUGUUUCUUUGCUCAGAACAGCAGCUAUGGUGGCUGCAUGUGAAGAAGAGGCCAGAAAGAUCCCGCGGAGAAGCUCUCGAUUUGAUGACGUAA